AUGACGGUAUUCAAGCCUCUGCUACCACCAUUUACCGUGUCAAAAGAGUCGACAAACUCUCGGGGAAUACUUCAGCCCCCACGAAUCCGGCCCUUGACAUCGGUAGCAUUUCGCGACAAUUUAACCCUUUCAACAUGGCUUCUUCUGGGCGGACUUCUACAAGGCCUGGCCGUCAUGGUCUUCAGCACCUAUGCCCUCAUCCCUACAAUACUAAUCCUACUAUACCGUACAACCGAUCACUUGCUGAUGGCUGCCAACAUAACCCGAAACCGCUACAUGGACGGCGUCAUCCAGACAAAAUUCUCCGCGCAAGCGCCCAAUACAGACGGCACCUUCGGAAAGGAACUCGCCUCUGAGUCGAUUGUGGUCUUCCACCUCGGAGCCCGCUCAAACCACCCCCUUGGUCUUCUCGCCCCAGGCUUCCCCGAGCUCAAUCGACAAGUCAUCGCGAUGAAUCGUGAGAUGAACUCCAAUCCUGUCAAAUACGGCCUCCUCGGCAGCUCGGCCUGGAUUAAGCAGGACGAUUCUGCGGGUAAUGACGUUAUGUCAAUCUACUAUCUCCGAGAUUAUGAUGCGUUGCAUCGGUUUGCGCAUGGCUCGCUCCAUGUGGAGGGCAUGAGGUGGUGGACGGAGAUCGUGAAGGAUCAUCCGCAUAUUGCGAUUUAUCAUGAGACAUACAUUGUGCCUAAGGGGAAAUGGGAGAAUAUCUAUAUUAAUUCGAAACCGACGGGAAUGGGGGAAACAUGGUUCCCUGUUGUUGAAGAGGGGAAGGGCGAGAGUGGUGUAUCGCGGUUUGUGAGGCCAAUUGUUGAUGCGAGACAUCCCGCUUUGCGAUCUGCUGCUAGGAGGUUGGCAAUGCGUCAAUUGGAGGGGAGGGAGGAAGGAGAGGAUCAGUUGUACGAUAGGACAUGGUAG